UGUCAUUUUAAUUGUAUAAUAAAGUUUCGAGUAAAGCCUGCUUAUAUUGUAUACUAAAAUAUAGUAUGAAUUGUCGAAUAAGUUAUAAAUUAUUUACAAGCGGAAUUCUGUAAAAGUACGCUUCCUCAAAAUUUUACCGAAAGAGGUGUUAUGUAUUUUAAUUACAAAAUGCUCCCGGAAGCUCCUACACACAUGUAGGCACAAUUAUAACCCACUACAAGUUUGCAGUUUUUCAUAAUGAAAAAAAUUGUCCAAUUUGUCUUACAUGGCCGUCCACGUCCAUGUAUGUGUGAAAAGGCGUCCUUUAUUCUUGCAUUCACGUACGAUUGUGAUAGGCUAUACCGCGCCAAUUGUACAGAAUAGAGGUGUCAACAUUUCUUUAGGUUUAAUGGCUAGCCAUGUAUCCGAACUAUCCGACUUCAUUUUUUUUAAUUUCAUCUGCAGUUUGACAUCGACAUACUUCGUACAGCUGGUAUACAGUCAGUAGGCUUUUUUGGAUGUCCUAACCAAAAGCCCGCAGCUAGGCAUCUCGUCUACUAUGUAUUAAAAGUGGAGCAUUGAUCAAUCGAUACUUUCCCGCGCUUCAUAAUAGGCUACUGCAUGCAUGUUAAUAGAAAAUAGCGACUUUUUGUGUUUUUUUAAAAUUGUGACUUGUUUUAGAACAUUUAUUCCAAUUACUUUCAUCCUGUCAAUUAUAAGAUAUAUUUUAACACGUCGACCAGAUUGCGUGGCAUUAUUAGGAAUAUAUAAUUUUUAUAAUUGAUUAACUUUUUGUAAAAAUUCGGGUUUAAACCUCAUUUGUCAUUGAUUUGUCAUUGGUAUAUAAAUGCAGACUAAUGAUGUUUUAUAAAAUGUAAAGCGCAUAUCUGAUCCAAAGUAUGACUUAAAACUAAGCUUUAUGUAUAACUGCCCAAGUGCACGCUGUUUAUUGUUUAUAGUUUUUUUGCUUCCUUUAUUAUUUUUGUUUUACAUUUAUAAUAUUUACUUAAAGUACUGUUUUAUUUACUUUUGAAGGCAAAUUCGCAGAUCACGAUAUUAAAUAUUCUUUGUCAGAGGUCGUACAUGUUUAUUUAGCCCUGAUCAGUUUGGAACGAACAAGCCUGAAUUGUUCUUUAUUCGAUCGUACAUGCAUGAGAGCAAUUUCUGAACAAAGGAAUUUGGUUGAAAAUGACAGGAAAAUCAUCGUUGGAAGAUGGAAUGAUUAAACAAGAUUUCCGUCAACUUGAGCUGUACUUUUUACUCCUGAUAUCAUUAUCGCAAUGUAUCAUUGGGUUUACUGCAAAUUCAUUAGGUUUAGUGACCAUUGCCUUUACGAAACGACUGAAUCGAGUGCCUUCAAACCUAUUAAUUUUCAAUCUUGGCUUUUCUGAUCUGUUAACAUGCGCCGUUUUCUUUCCAUUCCAUAUCUAUGCUCUACUUCAGGACAGUCUUGGCGAGACUGUGAGAUUUUACUACCAUGCUCUGUGCCUGUUCCAUGUGUUCUCCAAUGGAAAUGCCAUUUUGGCCAUCACCGUCGAUAGAUUCAUCGCGGUCUCAUAUUCAUUACGUUACAGAGCGUUUGUGACCAAACGUAGAACGUUUCAAGCCAUCUUCAUGUCGUGGAUAAUGCCUCUAUCCUUCUCCAUGGCUUUCUUCACCUCGCUACAAAAAGACACGCCAGAAUGUUCGGAGUUUGCUCUCCGGGUAUACAUGAUUUCCAGCUUGGUAAUAGUUCUCGUCCUGUACCUGGUCGUUUACAUGGCUGCCAGGAAACAGCGGCAAAAGAUACGAGCGAUGGGUUCAACCACAACAAGCACACGGAACACACAGAUGAAGACGCGUGUACCCGUGUGGAGGAGUACCGCUAACACAUUCCUAUUAGUCUUCUUCUAUUUCCUCACGUAUCUACUAAUCCUGGGUUACGAUUUUAGAUUUUCCUUGAACAGCGAACCAAAAUACACCGUGGUCUCAGAAAGAGUUUAUGCUUGGGUUCUGUCAUUUCAAUUUUUCAAUUCGUGCAUUGAUCCAUUUCUCUACGUGUUCCGAAGCAGGCACUUCAAAAUGGCGCUUAUACGAUUGUUACCGAGAGUUUUAAGACGAAUGAGAACGAAUAAUCUCCACGCAUCAGCACGUAGUGUCGAUCCCUUGUCGCGUUUUCAUAGCCAUUGUGAGAUUGAAGAUUAAACUAUGAGGAGAUGCAGUCAAAAGUGGAAUCUCGGACUGAUGCCUCUGAGAUCUUAUACGCAGCCGAAGAAUCGAUGUGCGCA